AAAAGAGCCGUCACCUACCCAAGACCCGCCCACGACAGCAUUGAUCAAGUCGUCGCGCCCGCCAACACAGACUUCACCUCUCCAAACACCCGUCGUGCACACACUACCCGUGCCUCACUCGACACUCUUACAACGGAUGGUCAGCACCAAGCUGCGAGAGCACAGCGCGGUUACGGGGUGGAGGAAUCUGCGAGCGUGAGCGCUGCAGUAAGCCCAGACGCACUCUCACCACGAGAUCCGAGGGAUUCGGGGGGUCAGCGCGAGCUGCUACUUCUCAAAACUUUGUCAAACACUAGUCCCACCGAUGAACGACGCGUCUCGACGAACCGGCCCCCAGUGUCCUAUAAACCGCCUGCCAACGUACCCAACCCGCAAAACAACGGCAACGGAGCCCCUGUUCGCGUUCCUCCCAUCCGUGGCUUUCGAUCCUCUGGCUCGCGCAAGAGCUUGACACUGGAUAUGAAUCACCGAGCUCGUUCGUUUGACGCGAGCGACAACUCUGACGAUCCUGACCAUGACCGCACGCUGCGUGCUCUAGAAGGAAGACAAACCCAAGACAUGUUUCAAAGAGCUCCACCCGCAUCGGCUCGCCACGAGGGCUAUGACGGCCAGGAUGGUGGGGAUGUCUUUCUUCGAAUUGCCCGCGAGGAGGGCGAUCGCCGUAAUGGCGAGUCUCAGGAUGAGACCAGAAGCUCUGUGUCUCGUGUCUAUCGAACACAUCGCCGGCCACUCUCAACGAAUGUCGCUUCGUACAAUCCCAGGUCGCCGCCGUCCAUCGCUCGACGAAUGUCCGACGACCAGGACGGUGGCCGUGUCACCAGAUACAUCGACGACCGCGCAAGCGAAAUCACGAGAUCAUUGACCCAGAGGCUUUACUCGAGGGAUCACAAGGCGGCCUCUGCACACCCAUCUGAAGAUGUAUAUCGCUCGUCGCGACCGGGAGGCGUCGGUCUACGGGCCUCGCCAUUGACGCCACGCUCCCAAGCGCAGCAGGAUAUGGGAUCGGAGAAUCCGUACCACGCGCGACGACGCUCUUCUGUCACAGAGCAAAACUCAACAUCGCCAGGGCGGACACCCGUGUUCAAAUCCGCGGCUGCUAAUCACUAUCAAAAAUCGUACAAUUCUUCACCUCUGGUCCGAUCCUUUGACCAAGCUGCGCAACAGCAUCAACCCACCGAGGCCGCCGGUGGCGUGGAGGGCACCGAAUCCACUGCUUCCUUGACAGCCCCAUCGACCGUGUGGGAUGAGCUUGAUGACCUCAAGUCCCGGCUGCAUCGACUUGAGCUGACCGGAAAGCUACCGUCGACAUCGGCCGCUGCCGUUUCGAGGCUUUCCGAAGACCGACCACCCACAGCCACCACCACCGUGACAACCAUGUCGUCUUCUCCCAAACGACAGGGCACGGGUGCCAACCAGCAGUCACAGAAUCUGGAAUCGCUAAGCAACGCUUCGACCCAAAAAGAGGCCUAUCCUAUACUGCACUCAGCCCUGUCCAAGUCGAAGCCUUUCUUGAGCCCUGAUAUUUUCAAGACUCUCGAAGCUGCCGCCAACGACGCGAUGGCUCUGGCAACGAUGAUGGGCCAACCGGGCCAGCCAGGGCCAGUCUCGAGCAGCGGAAGCACAAUUGGGGUCGGCACGAACCUGACGGAUCGUCAGUUGCGACGCAAGGCGGACAGUGUCUGCCGCAGUCUGACCGAGUUAUGCGUUGCACUUGGAGAGGAUGCAUCCCAAGCUCCCGCGCCAAUCCAGUAUCAUCCCUCAUCUUCGUCCACGCAGAGGGAGGAGCCGUCAACACCCACGGUUGCCAAAUCCUUCAGUAGCAUACACGCUCGGCGGCCGAGCAUUGUUUCCGAGCAGACCUUGCCAAAGUCCGAGAACGUUAGUCCCGGCCGGGCCUUGUCCAAGUUUGAGGAGCGGAGACACACCAUACUGGCGAGCAGCGCAUUGCCGAGUCCCCGCGUCGUAGGCUCUACUCCCACAACGCCGCAGGAACCUGCCCACCAGCGCAGGUCUUCUCUGCUCAUCUCGCGUACCCGCAGAGCUGCCACCGAGGAGCCUGAAGAGUCAGCCCCCGUCGCAGGUCGAAGAUCGUCGAUGCUGCUGCGUUCUCGUCGUGGAGAUACCGAAGAGCCUGAAGAGGGCCGCCAGACGUCGAUGCUACACGUGCGCAACCGACGCGGGACCGUGGAUGAAAGCGAGCGAGCGUCUCGCCUGGGCGCCCCGUCCAGAGCAUACACCGAGGUCAAUGCCACGCGAGGUAGCAACCGCGAGUAUACCGAGGUGGCCACAACCUCUAGAGGCCCGACACGCGAGUUCGCGCCUCAAACCCAUGCGCCCACGAGAGACAAUGUCUCGCAACCGCAGCAGCAGCAGCAGUCGGCCCUGCCUAGGCGCCGGUUUGGAUCGACGAGCACAACGCCCACAUCCCGCCUAGCAGCGCCGGGAUCCAUCAGCGCGCUGCCCACGGCCCUACCUUCGCGGAAGUACUUGGAGAGGUCGCCCCAGGUGCAGGCGCCCGAGGGUGAGACGACAGAGGCACCUCAGAGAGGCGGUGACGAGCGCGCACGACAGCGCUAUUACUCGCUCGGGCAGAACGUGUCGCUCAAUCGUUCUGGUAGUCUCAGCGCGAGGCGACAGAACCGCGACAGCACGAUUACGAAUGUGUCGAGCACAGCCACUGCGGGAGGAUAUCGGUCCUAA